AUGUCUGACAGCACAGUUCACGCCAUUGCCGGUGCCGGAGGUGGAAUCAUUUCCAUGGCCUUGACCUAUCCCUUGAUCACCAUCAGCAGCAGACUCCAGGUCCAGAAGAACAAGGAGAGCAAGGACGCCUACAAGAACGGUUUGGACGCCGUUAAGAAGAUCGUCGCCAAGGAGGGAAUCUCCGGUCUCUACUCUGGAUUGGACAGCGCAUUGUUCGGUAUCUCGCUCACCAACUACUGCUACUACUACUUUUACGAGUUCACAAAGUCGGUCAUCGACAAGGCCCAGAUGAGCACCCUCGAGUCCAUGUCUGCCGGAGCCGUCGCCGGUGCCGCCACUGUCAUGAUCACCAACCCCAUCUGGGUCAUUAACACCCGCAUCGCAACCCGCAAUGCAAGCGCACCCAACUCGCGCCCCCUGGGAACCGUGGAGACCGCCCAGCAGAUGAUCAAGGACAAUGGCAUCAAGUCCUUCUGGCAGGGUGUCAUGCCCGCUCUCAUCUUGGUCGCCAACCCCAUCAUCCAGUACACUGUCUUUGAGAAGCUCAAGGCCCGUAUUGUCAAGACUCGUGCUCUGUCCGGCUUUGACUUUUUCUUGCUCGGUGCCGUCUCCAAGCUUGCCGCUACCAGCAUCACCUACCCCUACAUUGUCGUAAAGUCACGUAUGCAGUUGAAGCAGUCAGACGAUGCCAAGGAGCGGUACAACUCGGUCAUGGACGGAUUCCGCAAGAUCAUCAAGUACGAGGGUGUUGCGGGACUCUACAAGGGCAUUUCGUCCAAGAUUGUCCAGUCCAUCCUCACUGCCUCCUUCCUCUUCAUGGCCCAGGCUUCCCUUGUCCAGUAUGUUGCUCGUCUCUUGGUUUCCCUUGGCAUGCGUGCUCCCCCUAAGCGUAUCUAA